CUAGGGCCCUGUCCAGAGUCGCCGCCCUCGCUCCAAACACAGCUCGGGGAUUUUAUACGUGGGGCCUCGUUUCCGGGCCGCGCGAAGCAGGCAUAAGAUUCUGCUUAUCCGAACUUCUUGGCUCUUGUCUCCCCCACUAGAUUCUGAAGACAGGAGGAGUUAAAUGCUUACCUUGCUCCCCCUCCAGAGCACAUAACGGAUUUUCAGGAUGGCCGCAGCUCCUCAGGCACCAGGGAGGGGCUCUGUCCGGAAGACAAGGCCUUUGACUGUGAAGACUUCACUGAACAACCCAUACACCAUCUGCUGGAGCGCUCUGGAGCGCGAGGACAUACACUUCUUCUUACAGACACUCGAAGACAGAUUCACAUCUAUUGGUCUUAAGAAGAUUGAAGAUAAGAGGAGGAAGAAAAAGCAGCCUUUUUUAAGAAAACAAAGCAGGGACAGAUGUAGCACAGAUGUUGAUGCGAGUGAGGAUCUGAAGGAGAAGCAGCCAGAAGACGCCCAACAGGUGGCAGGGUGGACCCCGGUCCACGCCAGGAGGCAGCUUGCCAUUGGCGUCAACGAAGUCACCAGGGCUCUGGAAAGGGACGAGCUGCUUUUAGUCCUGGUGUGUAAGUCAGCCAAGCCUGCCAUCAUCACCUCACACCUGAUUCAGUUAAGUUUAAGCAGAAUGGUUCCUGCUUGUCAGGUUCCUCGUCUCAGCGAGAGAAUCGCGCCUGUCAUUGGCUUAAAAUGUGUCCUGGCCUUGGGAUUCAGAAAGGACACCACCGACUUUGUCGAUGAAGUAAAUGCUAUAAUUCCCAGAGUUCCCAGUCUAAAUGUCCCAUGGCUUCAAGACAGACUCGAAGACUCCAGGGAAAAUUUAGAGACUGAAUCUUUGGAAAGCCAAGACAAAGAGAUUCUGGCAACUUCCUUUGAAGACUUCUCUAAGCAUAAGAGGAAGCUCGUUGAAAGUCAGCGGACUGUAGUGUUACAACCCCUUAAAAUAAAGAAACUGAUUCCAAACCCUAAUAAAAAAAGGAAACCACCCAAAAGUAAAAAAGCUGCUUCAAAGUAACCUUGUAUAAACUUGUCAUUUUAUAUGAUUGGAAAAUCACACCUUGUAAAAAAGCUUUGAAACUAAUAAAAUCAGUUACUUUUACAUAUAUUCUUCA